AUGUUUGGUCUGUGUUUGACACCUUGCAAAUCUGCAACUAAAAACUCAGAAUCGGCCUGUAAAUUACGAAUAAGGCAAGCAUUCGACGACUAUGAAUAUUAUCAAGAUGGAGAUGUUAUAAUCGGAGGAGUGUUCACUGUACAUUCGGCUGUGCAGGAUUUUCAGUUUACAAAAGCACCUCUGGAGCACAUGAUCUGUAUGGCGCCUUUCUACCUUUGGUACGCGCAUGUCCGCAUCUUUCUUUUUACCAUUGAACAAAUUAAUAACAAUAAAGAGAUUUUACCAAAUAUCACGCUGGGAUACCAUCUUUAUGAUUCUUGCUUAGAUACAAGGAAGGCGGUAAAAAGUGUUUUACAAAUUUUAUCUGGACCUGGGAAGACCAUCCCUAAUUAUUCCUGUUCUGAACGUGGGAAGGUGGCUGGUUUUAUUGGAGAUCACUAUUCAGUCACCACUGUGCCCAUAGCGCAAAUACUCGGGAUAUACGGUCAUACACAGAUCAGCUAUGGAGCCACAGAUUAUUCAUUAAGUGAUCGACGUGUCUACCCGCACUUUUUCAGGGCACUUCAGAAUGAACGCGUCCACUUCUUAAUAAUAGCCGACCUUCUGAAACACUUUGGCUGGACCUGGGUUGGAAUAUUUACAUCGGAUGAUGACGGUGGAAAUCAACAGAGUCUUAUUUUAACCAAAUAUCUCAAUGAUCAGGGUAUUUGUGUUGCCUACACAAUACAUAGCAACAAGGGCAUCAAAAACGAUUUACAUCACAUCAGUGAAAUUGUUAGAAAAUCUUCUGCUCAAGUUAUUGUGAUUUGUGGACCCUUAACAUAUGCUUCUAUUAGCACACUGCUUGUCUUAAAAGAUAUUUUUCACAGUAAGACACUAAUUCUUCCCCCUUCCUGGGCUUCAAAGGAAGAAGUGUUUCUGGCUAAUAUUGGCACAUUUAAUGGCAGUUUGGGUAUUGAACUCUUUCCUAUAUUUUUUUCUGGACCCGAAAAUUAUUUUAAAGAUAUCAAACCCUCCAAAUUCCCGAAUGAUGGACUACUUGCAGAUAUUUAUUCCCUAUAUCUCCAAUGUUUGUCUUUAAGUUCAUUAAAAAAUAAAAUGUUAAAUUUUUUUUACAGAAUAUCUUUACAGAACUGUACUGGAAAAGAAAGCUUGGGUAACCUUGGAAUGGAUUUAUUUACCGGUGUUUCUCCACGAGUGCAUUUUGCGGUAAAUGUUAUGGCUCAUGCUGUGGAAAGCAUGAAUUUAAAUUUGAAUACGGCGCCUUAUAAAAGAGAAAAAAGAACAAAUUUCAAACACCAGUACAACUUACCACCAACAAGCAACAGCCUAAAACAGCUACCCUAGAAACUGGUGAAAAUAAAAAAAAAUCUAAUGAAUAUUGUAAAAGAAAAAAGAAUGUCUGUAAUUGCUGUAAUGUAGAUCACUUCUAAGCAAUAUGUUUAGGCCACUGA